UCAAACACAUAUUUAAUGUUACUAGCAAACAUGUAUGUCUUAACAUUUGCCUAAAAUGUAAAAGAACAGUUGACCUCUUCAGAAGCAGCACCCAAGAACACUUUUCAUUAUGACUUGAGUUUUAUAUAUGAAGCAGUGUACCACCAUGAGGCUUUAAAGGGAAUAAACUUAAUACACAAUGUGUCAAUCCCUAUGUUUUUAAUAGCAUUCUUGUAGUCAAUAAUGAGGAAUUUGGCACAUUCCUGCCAAUCUACACAAAGAAGCUAAAAUACUUAUUGGGAUGAUGUGCAUCCAAAAAGCAGCUUCUACAUAUUUACCAUGCAUUAGUGAACUGAACAGUACAAUGUUUUGCGAGGAGUUAAAAUUCUAAACAGCAAGCUUCUAUAAAACUGAUAAUAAUCAUCAUUAUUGUUAUUAUUUAGUAUCUUGUUUAAGGUAGUGAUUAAUUUUCAUUUAUGAGUACCGUUAACAAGUGUGAUGAAAUCCGAAUUACUUUCCACAUGCAACAUGUACACAGUUUUAUACUUUCCUAUGUGGUUUUCACACUAUUUUUUUCAUUUGUCAGAACUUAGUACAUUAGAUAUGGGAGUUCAAAGAGUAAAGAGUUACUUUUUCAGUUACAAACAGCAGAACAGCAGUAUUUUUUUCUGGUGGAAUUUUUUUGUUCCAUUUUUAAGUCAGGAUGUGAGAACGAUCAGUCAGGCUUUCUUUAAGAAUGAUUGCAAAGGUUGAGAACUGCCUUCAUCUUACAUUAUGGGCAGGAUCUUUUCUCCCUGCAUUAUGCUUUUAUAAUGGUCGAAAUCAUAAGAUUGGUUGAGAAAGUAUCCUCCAGGGCAAACACAUGAGUAAUUGUUAGGUGGUAAACAGGAGGAGGAGAAUGCACAUGAUGGGAAGAUUUAACUUAUCAAUCAGUUAGGACUCAGUUUUGUUUUGUGUAUCAAUAACUAGAUACAUCUUUAUGUUACUUUUAAGUAGCAAUAUGCGUUAUACUAGAUGAUGAGAGACUGCAAUACAUUCUGAGUAUGAGUUGCAAUUUCCUCCCCUACUCAUAAAAUCUGUUGUGCCCCAGUGCUUUAAAUCCUUAAGGCUUCAGUGGAUAUUUUGGGUAGGUGCGUUUUUAGUAAAUGGAUCGCAUGUUUUGUUCUACAUGCAAAAGCAGCAUCAAGGUGGUCAUUAACAUUAAAUGCACAGAGAAACAUUCAAGAAUCUUGUUUUCCAUACUUUGGAACUCCCAGCACUGCCCUAUGCAUUUGGCUUCUCUGUUAACCAUGGGUAAUGCCAUUUAAAUGUGGAAUAUUGUUACCAAAAUGAUACAACAGUGCAGUUAAGUGUCAUGACCUGGUAGGUUUUUGGAAUAGGGGCAGAUGUCUAAGCAAGAGUAAUCGAAGUGGGGAGUUUUAAGUCCUUUCACUGAACUGUCUUUUUCAUUUCCUGGUCUGAUGAGAAGGGAGAGCAGGAUUUGUGGGGACGGAACUUGUCCAAUAGUGACUGACAAGGUGUGCCAGGACCCCUCUUCUUUCCCUACUCCCUCGGAUCUGGCUGUUGACGUAGCUGCUGCUGUAGGUGUUUGGUUUGUUUUGGAAUCUUCCAGAGGAUUCACCAGAAAACAGGAUGUAGUGCAUCUGUCUGUAUCCCAGCAAGAUAAAGCUGCCAAAGCUGGUCGCUCUGCCAGUCACAGUUGCAGGCUCCCAACUUCAGCACAGCGUGUUCACUCUUUCCUAGAACUUGCUAACAGCUGUCCUCUAGAUAGCAUUGAGUAAUAUUAGGCUGAGGAUAAGUAUAUUUAUCUCACAUUUUUAAAAAAAUACAUAUAAGAUUGAAAUAUGUUUUGUAUACUCAACAUGGUAAGGAACAACUCUUGGGUGUUUGCUUUACUGUAUGUAUUUCGUACCCAAUUGCGUUUUGCAGUAUUUUGCCCCAAGAUCUUCUAGACUGCUUUUUUAUUCCAGUUUUGCUUAUUCUCACAGUCUGGACCAGAAUGCUGAAACAGGCUUCGACACUUUUAAGAGGAAAUUAUUAUUAUUCAUAAGUGCUGAUGCACAGCAAAUGGUACUUUAACAAAUGUGAAAUGUUUUAUCUUUAGUGGACUUAAAACAAUCAACAAAAUCAUUGUUAAUAUUACAUAUACAGGCAUGCAUGCACAGACAUGCUCAAGAACAGAUACAGACUUUCCUCUUUUCCAUAAAUCCUAAUUUCCUAGGGAAGCAAUGAUGCAUUUGCUCUGUUGGUGCAUCUUUGUUGGCUUGCUAGUCACUCAUGGGUCCACUGUCACCCAAAUUUGAAGCGAGAUUGUGGAAUAAAUAAGGUAUCAUUAAAUAGUUGAACCAAGCCAGUGGCUUGCUGGUAUGAGGAGAGAUUUUAAUUCCUCCUUUCCAGCAGAAACCUUGUGCAUACUCCUGAGCUGGGCCCUUUACCUCUAUGAAUUACAAGGAAAGUAACCCGGAAAAAAAAGAAGUGAGUUGUUUUCAGACUGUUUAUCAAGAUGGAAGGAUAAGGUCGGCACCCAUGCUUGACUGAGGGAGCAGGUGGGACUGUGAGGCAGGAAAUCAAAGGGACAAUUGAAUACUAUCUCUUAACAGAAGGUGUUAUAUGUUAGAUGUGCUUCAUUUUCUUGUAAUAUCAGAGUUCUUACAAAUCUCACAAAGAAGACAGGAGACUAGAUAAGGAAAGAGAUUAUUACUAGGGCUCCCAAAAAUGAAAAAAGUUUGAGCUCAUGCUUUUUUUGGCACCAGAGAGCUCAGGUAUGGAACACAGUCUUCCUAGGCCUCAUUGGUUCUGACACUGGUUUUGAUUAUUCACUUUUAAUUGUAUUCUGUCAGUUUUGGGUUAAAAAAAAUCAAAAGUUAACAGUGUGUUUCAAAUUUGUGAAACAAUGUUUUGACUCAAUGUUGUUUGACGUGAAUUCAGGGUACCUCUGGCCUUCCUGAUGUUUCCUUCAGAAAGUUAACUGUUGCUUUGCUUUAAUUUUCACGUAGGGUCCAGGAGAGCUUUUUGAUGGCGCUGUGAAAAGUAGACUGCUGUAGGAUUUUUCACAAAGAGCUUUAGUGGUUUUGUCUAAAUCACUAAAUAUUUUUGAGUUAAUGAGAUCUGGAAUUAACUCAUAUCAGGGCUUAUCAGGUGUUUUAGAAGCUGGACCACUUUGUUUCAUGCUGUUAUGUCUCUAGAGAGUUUGCAGAAGUUUGAGUGACAUGAUUCUACUACUAUUAAGCUAGCUUAAUUGAUAUAUAGAUCAAUUAAAAAAUUCAAGUUGUGAAAUAGGGAAUUAUGGUGGGUGAAAGGAGUAGGUACCUGAGGGGUUUGUAGUAGCUCUACAUCCAACUGAGAGCGACUUACUUUUAUACAAGAUGAUGAAGACAGUCUCAUGUUAUCCUCUUGAAGAUGCCCUUUACAAGGUUGUAUAUAGGGGCCAUGUGGGAGAUCAGCACAUCAAAGAGUAUCUUGGCUUCAAGGGUGGCCCAGUAAUAAUAAGCUGAUUUUUAUAAAUCUGUGCGUCUUUUGUUUGGGUGCCACCCAUUGCAAAUCAUACAAAAUCUAAUCCAGAAUGGAACCUCAUAGUUACCAUUACAGCCAUCAAAUUGCCUACAAAUUGCAAUUCAUAUCUACACAGCAUUCAAGUGUUUAUAGAGUUUAUUAACAGUAUUUUGAGAUGUAAAGAAAAAAUUAUUAUUCAGCAUUAUUCAGGAGAGAGGUACAGACUGUUUUCCCCUCCGCAAAAGAUUCUCUGUCUUUCUUUCCCCAUUUCUCUUACUAAUUUCACUAUCAUUUCUCCUCCUGGGCUGUAUGUACAUUUUUGAUUGACUGGUUUUAUUGACUUGCACUUGUAAAGCAAUAAUCCUCUGAGGCCAGGUAAGCAUAAUGCUGUGUGUAGAAGAGCAUGAACAGAGCGUGACAUUUUGCCAGUCAUCUGCUCAUCAGUUGAGAGUGUCAGUUUGCAGCUGCUUGCCCAUAAGGGUCAGUGAUAUCUGAUUAAUUUGUUUGCUUUGUAGAUCUCCAAAGAUUUAGAAUAUCUUUUAGGAACGUGUCCAGAGAUUGAUAUUUGCCCCCAAGUAACUUGCAAAAUUAGUUUUCAAGUAAACAUAAAUACAGCUGAGUUUUUCACGUGAGAAGUAACACUAAAAUCAUGCUAGCACAGUACAUAUACUCACUUUUCCCUACAAAAACCACAUUAUUUAGAGACUGACAGAGAAAAAGAACUUACCAUAGAUCUAUGUGCAUUAUUCUGCUUGAAUGGAUGCAAUUUAUAUCAAAAGAUCAAAGAUUUUUAAGUAAAAACUUAUUCAUGUAUGUUAAUAUUUAUGAUGUAUUUUCUUUCUGUGAUGACUUUGUGUAAACCACAAGGACCACAUGAAAACAUUUGACUGUAAUAAUAGUGAUUUUGUAAAGGGUGAAGACUUUAAUACAGUUAACUUCCAUUUAUAUACUGCCAAGACACUUAACAGAGAAAGUUAGAAUGAGUUCACUUUAUACCAGAAAAAAGACAUAGAGUUUUAGCAGGUUCCCUACCUGCUGUAUGUUAUCAACAAUAUAGUUUGUAUGUUGGCUAGUUAUUAUAAACAUGCAGAUUGGGAAGACUGGGAGUUAUCUAUGGGCUGUUAACUCAAUACUUCUAGAUGAAAAGUAAUUACAAGAAGAGAUGUAGAUAUUUCCUGAUUCCAGAAAAUGCUGGUAUUUAUUUUUGUAUUUUUGUUUUGUUCCUUCAGUGAGAUAGAAGAUGAAUUCAGCUGAAAUCACUGAUGAUGAUGAAGUUAAAAUUCCUAAAAAAAAUGUGAAAGUAGAAACAGAAAAUGAAGAUGAAGCUCUAGACUGCUCUGUAACUUCCAGAUCUGCUGAGAAACACUCAGUGGAUGGUGCAGUGACUUGCCUACAGGAUUCCAACAAAAGGAAACAGACCUCCCUUGGCUGUGAUGGGUCAGGAGGCCAGCAGGAUGCCUUACCCAGCGUGAAGAAGAGACGCUUUGCUCAAGAGGGCUCCCUUUCAAACAUGAGGAACAGAGAUGCUGGCUCACCCACUCAGGUAAAUGCAGAGCAGCCAAACAAGAACAAGAAUUCUAAUGUAACAUGGCUCUGUGAAGAAGAAUCCUUCAGUGACAUAAUCACACCCUCUUAUAAAAAACCUCUCUAUGGCAUCUCACACAAAAUCACAGAGAAGAAGAACCCACCAGGAGCGGAGCAGUUUGCUUCUUACGAGUUGUUUGAAAAAAUCAACCCGAGCAGUCCCUCGCAAAUUCGGACUUUGAACGAUCAACGCAAAAGAGACUCGGCCACAGCCAUUGCAGUAGCAACAGCCACGGCAGAUUCAGAAUCAAAUAUAUAUUCUUUGAUACAGAAAAUGUUUUACACGCUGAACACCCUCAAUACCAAUAUGACUCAGCUUCACAGUAAAGUUGACCUGUUGUCUCUGGAGGUUAGCAGAAUUAAAAAGCAAGUCAGUCCAGCAGAGUCGGUUGCUGACUUCAAGCCUCCCCCAGAGUACCAGCUGACUUCGACAGAACUCAAACAAAUCAUGGAUCAAAGCACAUCAGGUGGAGACCUGGCUUGCCGGUUGCUCGUGCAGCUCUUUCCAGAGCUCUUCAGUGAUGAUGAGUUCAGCAGGAGCUGCAGUGCAUGUGGCUUUCUCAACAAAAGGAAACUUGAAUCUCUUCAUCUGCAGCUUAUUCGUAACUAUGUGGAAGUUUGUUAUCCUUCUGUGAAGAAUACAGCUGUGUGGCAGUUGGAGUGUUUGCCUCAAGUCAAUGAUUUUUUCAACAGAUUUUGGGCUCAAAGGGAAAUGGAAAACAGUCAGCAGAAUGUGCAAUCAUCCAGUUUUUAUGAGACUGAGCAGGUUGAAUCCUCUCAUUUUAUUGAGGAUAAAGAGCAGGAAGAAGCUUUGUCCUUGGACAGGAGUAAUGUCAUUGCCUCAGAUUACAUACUGGAUGCUCAGGAUCUCAAUGAAUUUUUAGAUGAAGCUUCUUCACCAGGAGAGUUUUCUGUUUUCUUGUUGCACAGACUGUUUCCAGAACUCUUUGACCACAGAAAAUUAGCUGAAAGGUACAGCUGCUUUGGAGACUCUGGAAAACAACUGCUGGAUCCUCAUCGGCUUCAAAUAAUCCGUAGGUACACGGAAAUUUACUUUCCAGAUGUGCAAGAAGAAGAAGCCUGGUUGCAGCAGUGUGUUCAGCGAAUAAAUGAUGAGCUUGAAAGUACAUAUAUGGAUGGAAGUGAAUGUGACCAGAUGAGAGAUGACUGUUACGAUUCUUCUAGUUUACCAGAUGAUGUAUCGAUCAUAAAAGUGGAAGACAGUUUUGAAUAUGAAAAGCCUGGCAGACGGUCAAAAAAAAUUUGGCUUGUACCUAUAGAUUUUGACAAACUUGACUUUCCCCCUCCUGAUUUUGAUGUCCCAGUCCCAGAUUACCUGUUGAACAAAGAACAGAUUAAAAGCAUAUAUGAAAGCAGUCUUUCCAUAGGCAACUUUGCCUCUCGAUUGCUUGUUCUCCUAUUUCCUGAACUAUUUACUCAUGAAAACUUAAGGAAGCAAUACAACUGUAGCGGAUCUUUAGGCAAGAAACAGCUCGACCCCACUAGAAUUAAAUUAAUUCGACAUUAUGUGCAGAUACUGUACCCCAGAGCAAAGAAUGACAGAGUGUGGACAUUGGAGUUUGUUGGGAAGCUUGACGAGAGGUGUCGACGAAGAGACACGGAGCAAAGGCGCUCGUACCAACAGCAACGGAAAAUCCAUGUGCCAGGUCCCGACAGGAGGGAAUUUCUCACCUAUGCAAUAAACCCUGAGAGAUUUCGGGAAGAAUUUGAAGGGCCGCCACUGCCACCAGAAAGAAGUAGCAAGGAUUUUUGCAAGAUACCACUCGAUGAACUUGUUGUUCCUAAUCCUGACUUCCCUGUGCCUUCUCUGUAUUUGCUGUCUGAUAAGGAGAUAAGAGAGAUAGUGCAGCAGAGCCUGUCAGUCGGCAACUUUGCUGCCAGGCUUCUCGUAAGACUCUUUCCUGAACUCUUUACUCCAGAGAAUCUGAGACUGCAGUACAACCAUUCAGGUGCUUGUAAUAAAAAACAGCUUGAUCCCAUCAGACUGAGACUGAUCCGUCAUUACGUGGAGGCAGUUUAUCCUGUGGAGAAAAUGGAAGAAGUGUGGCAUUAUGAAUGUAUACCGAGCAUCGAUGAAAGGUGCCGGCGUCCUAACAGAAAAAAGUGUGAUAUACUGAAAAAAGCUAAGAAAGCAAAAAAAGUGACAGGCUCUUUAAACUGCUAAGACUUUGACCACUAAAUUAUUGUCAAGAGUAUGCUUUGGUUUAGACUGAAGGGCCUGUUGGGAGCUGGGGGUUCUCAGCACCUGGGACAGUCAGGCACCAAAUUUGUUGCGCUUCAGUGUGUGUGUUGCAUUUCUGUUGGCACAGCAGCAGUGGGAAGUGGCUGACAACAUUUGUACAUGGGUAAAGACCAUCAGUGACAGCUAUCAAUGACUCGCUAAGAGCAUGAUAUUCACUGGUGCAAAUACAUUUCCUGAAACUAUUUCUCCACUCCCCAUUUCUGCACCUUCCUUUUCUAUCACUUUCUAAUAAUAAGGAAUUUUUUUUAAUGGUUGUGCUCUUCAAGAGCAAUUUUUCAUUAUACCAUUAUAAACAGUAUUUUUAAUUAAUUCGGAUUUUGAAAUGUGUAGACUAAGCUUAAUUUAAAUUUGAAAGUGCCAUUUUCAUUUGAAAUCAUUGGAAUAUUAGACUUUGCUUCUACAGUAACUGCAGCUUCACACUUGUUUUGUUCUUCAUGAUACUGAGGUACUGAAUGUUAUGAUGCUGUGUCAAAGAGUAGGUCAGAAUGGUGUCCUUUGCAUUUUUGACUGUUACGUUAGUUUUAUUUCUAAAAUCAAGAAUUUCCUGUUGAAGAAUUGAGACAUGAGCAUAAACACUGUGUGAAUGGGGUUUUUUUGUAUUGACACCACAAGCUUGGUCCUGCCCCUGUGAGUCCUGUUAUUGUUUUGUCCAGUGUAACUGCUGGAGCGACUGAGGAUCGCUUGUCUUGAGUAAAGCCAGCAGAACAGACCCAAGCCUAUACCCAUGGAAUGUCUUCCCAUCACCUGCUCGCCACCCUGUUUGUAAAACAGCAAAAACAUCAGCAACAUCAAAAAGAUCUGAAACAAGAACUUUAAAAAAUUUUAGACCUUACUUCCUAUCAAAAUCAUGAUUCCAAGGGUGUUUCCAGUGUUGAUAUUGAAUUGCAUAUAUAAAAAGUAUGUGCAAAGAUUGGUUUUGCGGUGAAAUCCAGUGUUUCAGGGUCCCAGCAUAUGAGCUUGGUAGUGUAACUCAUUCUUUCCAUGAAUGCAGCAGCAUCUGGAUAUUUUGGGUGUAGGGAUAUAGAACUCCCUCACUUUGCCAAAUUGUUUUAGUAUAAUUAGUAGCUAUUUGGAGACAUAACUGUGUAUGUAUAACUUAGGUUCGUGUGGUCAAGUUUGAAUCAUUAAUAUGUUCAUGUGUAACAAAGACCACCCAGAACCUGAUAUGAAUUUGCUGUGUGACUUGUCACUGGAGAGUGCUGCUUUAAAACUGAUUUUCUCUUUCUUUUUUUAAAAAAUUUUAAUACUGAUAGAAAUGGUGAGAGAGAGUCAAAUAUGAAUUCUUAGUACAGUAAAGACAGUGGUUGCCUACAGAGCAUCACUGGAACACCUUGGAGCAAUUGUUGAUGUUCUCUGUGGUCCUUUUCUGUUGUUUACUUAGAUGGGUCAUAGCAAAUUUUAAGUCAGUUCCAGUGUAAUUUUCUAUUUUAGCAUUUGUAAGGAAGUAUAAAAUAUUUGAUAUUUUUACUUCAGAUUUUUAGAAUUUAUUGUUCUUAGACUCAUAUUGAUCCCUUUAAAAGGAAAACAAAGUGGUUUUUCCUGAUGGCAAGAACUAGUAAAUGUAUUGUGUUAAACUGGGAGUAAAUCAUAGUUAGUAGCAUUUGCUCGUUUUGCCCAUAUGCUAGAAACAUUCUCAGAGAAUGUAUGAAAAAAGUCAUGAAUGUACUAAAUAACACAUUGUUUAUAUCCAUUUAAAUGUUUCCUGUUGGUUUAAGUAAUAGCAGACCAUACUCAAAAUGGAUAUCGGAGCAAAUACAGCUAUAAUAAAUCAAAAUCAUUUACCAAAGAUAAAGAACUGAUACCACAAUGUCUGCAUCUGUUCAUUUUACUGCAUAAAUUUAUCAAAUUGAAUGUAUCAGAAACCAAGACUCUCUUGUCAUUGUAUGCUACCUAGAAACUCUGUGAAGUGUUUUUUACAUGCACUUUUAUGGGAUAUAUAAAAUAACAGAAGAUCUUAAUGACUCUUUAAUUUGUGGUUGCAAAUGGCUGGCCAAAAGGUAAGAAAUACAAUUUUAUUUUCUUAAUGUCAUACGUUUCACCACUUGGUGAUGUCAAAGCUCCCAGAAGAAUUCAAUAUAUACUGAACAUUUUUACAAGGGAUAGACGUUACUAGCUAGCAUGCAAGACUUUUACUGUAGAUGUUGAUAUUAAGUAAAAAAAUCAGUCAAUUGAUAUUAUCUAAAAAGUAGUGAAAAAAAAUCAAUUUGACAACUUUGACCAUAAAAAUUAUAAUUUUUUAAACUGGGUAUACAAUUACUUUUGUUGUGUUUUUUCCUCUUUUUAUUGCUGUGUACAUUCCUUUUGUCCAACUCUUCACAACCCUUUCAUGAUUCGUUUGAUUGUAUGAUUUAUAACUGAUAUCAAGAAAAUACAGACAUAUAAAUAGUGGCAUACUUCACUAACAAAAGUUCUUGCAGUGCAUCUGAAGUACAGCCACUUCAUCCAGUCGGUCAGUCUUGUAAAUAUAUUAAAGGUAUAUUAUUUUCAUACAA